AUCCACUGUUCCAGUCAAAGAGAGAGCUAGGCGCUAGCAACGUACGUACCCAGAACUGAUAGCAGAUCGCCAGAUCCUAAUUCCAUGGCAAAUUCUAAGCUGCAAGCGCUGUGGAACCACCCCGCCGGCCCAAAAACUAUUCAUUUCUGGGCUCCAACUUUCAAAUGGGGAAUAACCAUUGCAAAUAUUCUCGACUCCUCUAAACCACCUGAGCAAGUUUCCUAUGCUCAACAAGCAGAUUCUCAACUCUCAAGCUCGACUUUAUGGUCACACUGAUAGAAAAUUGUUGUUAGUUACAGCGAUUAUGGGCAGUGGACUUAUAUGGACAAGAUGGGGCACAGUAAUUACCCCAAAGAACUGGAAUCUAGUCAGCGUCAAUUUUGGGAUGGCUGUCACUUCCAUGUUUCAACUUGCACGUAAAACUCAGCAUGACUACUUAUCUUCCAAUGACCAACAAGGCGAACAAGCUGCUUCAGAGAGCAUUGAAGACCAAUAAUAUCAAUUUACCUUUACUUAUUAUAUGCUGUAACCUGCACCUCUAGCAAUUGGGAAUCGAAUAGAACAUGAUUGGUGUUUAUUUAGAUUUACCAAAACAUCUGAGAAAACCUUAAUUAGCAUAAUAUAUAGAUGUAUAAUGUAUGUAUGCAAAGCUGUCCAAAAUAAUUUAGCACACCAAUUAAAGCAAA